AACGGUGGAGUGAUCAGAACUCAGCUGAGGUUCACCAGGACGGAGGAGCCGGAUGACACAGGAACCAUGGAGCUGAUCACCAUCCUCACUCUCUCCUUCAUCUUCCUCCUCACGGUCUAUAUUCUUCAGUCAUGGUCCAAACAGCAUGGAUACCACUCAUUGCCCCCCGGACCUACCCCGAUUCCUGUGCUAGGGACCCCCAAGUACAUGGACUUGAGAUAUGCUGCCAAGAACCUGAAGAAGCUCAGCCAAAAAUACGGUUCAGUAUUCACCAUCUGGAAAAUGUCAGAACCUGUGAUGGUUCUUUGCGGUUAUGAGACGGUGAAAGAGGGUCUGAUAAAUCACGCCGAGCAGUUCAGUGCACGACCGAUAAUCCCAGUGCUAUAUAUCUCCACCAAGGGAUACGCUCUCAAUGGACCACGAUGGCGCUCACUCCGCAGCUUCACCAUGACAUGUCUCAGAAAUGUUGGGAUGGGAAAGAAGACGAUGGAGACGAGGAUACUGGCAGAGUCCAAGUAUCUCAUACAGGCUGUAUCGGAGACAGGAGGAAAACCCGUCAACCCGACAAUGCUCAUGGCCAGCGCUGUGGGAAACAUCAUCAGUUCUGUGCUGUUCGGGGAGCACUUUGAUUACCAGGAUGAGAAGCUGCACGAGCUUCUUUCAUCGACAUCCAGACAUAUGAAAGGGUUUUCUUCUCCACUAAACACGCUCUGCAAUAUUGUGCCAAUUCUUCUGAAGUUCCCGAUCAUCAGGCAAAAAGUCUUCAAAGAAAGCAAAUUUCUGCAGAGGUUUGCAACAAAAUAUAUAAAGCAACAUAAAGAAACUUUGAAUCCGGAGGCACCGAGGGAUUUCAUAGACUAUUACUUACUGAAGAUAAAAGAGGUGGAACAUGAGAUGGAUCCAGAUAUCUGUGAUACCAGUCUCCUCAUGAUGGUUAUAGGACUUUUAUCGGCAGGAACUGAGACGACGGCUUCUACCCUAAAAUUCAGCUUGGUGCUCCUGGCCCAUUAUCCGGAGGUGCAAGCUAAAGUUCAGCAGGAGAUAGACGAGGUAACCAAGUCUUUGCGUCUCCCCGAGAUCAUGGACAAGCCCCAGCUAUCGUAUACAAAUGCUGUCAUCCAUGAAAUCCAGAGAGUUUUUGACCUGUCUCCAACUGCACUUUUCCAUGCCAUCACUGAAGACAUCAAGUUCAGAGGCUACAUCAUCCCAAAGGGAACAACCGUGAUCCCCUUCCUCUCAUCCGUCCUGACAGACCCAUCUCAGUGGGAGACUCCGGAAGUAUUCAACCCCGGGCAUUUCUUGGAGGAGGAUGGGCAGUUCCGCAACAGGUCGGCCUUCAUGCCUUUCUCAGCAGGGAAGAGAGUCUGUCCUGGAGAGAACCUGGCCCGCAUGGAGCUCUUUUUGUUUAUCUCCGCUCUGCUACAAAAAUUCACCUUCACCCUCCCCCCGGGGACAAAACGCCAGGACUCGAAAUUUCUGAACCAACACAAGACUGAAAUCCUUGCAUCAGCUGAGAUAUGCGCUGAGCCUCGCUUCUUGUCCAAGUGACCGACCACUGUCCAGCCACACAACAUGGAAGACAAUGAGAAGACAUAGCAACUCAGAAAAUGUGACCAAAUAAAGAUACUAAAUAAAACUAUUACAAUGUUUAUAAUCAAAAUGAUAAUAUAGAAUGCAAUGUACGUGUAAACUUUUCAUUUGUAACAAAGGUUAAGACAUCAUGUGUCAAAAUAUCUAAUGACAUGUCAAAUUGUGACUACAAGAGCUUGUUCCAUCAUGUUCUGUAGAUUAGAAGUCUUCUGGGGUGAAAUCUACUUCUGUAAACUUGGACAUAUUUGGAAUGUAUAGCUGAAUCCGACACAGAUGAGCUUCAGGGCUCUUUUAAAACUUGAAUUUGACAAUUUG